AUGGCCGACCAACACAAAGAAGCCCCGGAAUUGAUCUCAAGGGAACCGUCGCACCCUGCAGACUUCGGAGUUAUUAACGCUUCCGGACAUGCUCAAGAGCUAUCCCGCAACUUCAACCUUGUCUCCCUUGCCGGUGUUGGGCUGGUUGUCGGCAAUGUCUGGCCGGCCAUUGGAGGUUCCAUCCUUGUCGCCAUCUUCAACGGCGGCCCGCCCGGGGUCCUCUACGAGUUCAUCACCGUAUCGGUGUUCUAUUGGAUCGUCGCAGCUUCCAUCGCCGAGUUAGCUUCAGCUAUUCCCUCCUCGGCAGGCGUUUACCAUUGGGCGAGUGUCACGCCGGGGAAACGAUGGGGUCGAGUGAUUGGCUUCUUCGCUGGGUAUUGGAACUGUCUCGCUUGGAUCCUGGGGGCUGCAUCGAUGACCUUCAUCUUUUCUAACACUGUAGUUCAAAUGUAUGCUCUCAAGCAUGUCGAAUUCGUUGCCCAACCAUGGCACGUCUUCGUCACCUACAUUAUCGUCACCUGGAUUGCAUGCGCCGUCGUCUGCUCGUUCAACUCGGCCAUGCCGCAUCUGAACACUGCAGGCAUUUUCUUCAUCUUGGGUGGCUUCGUGAUCACUCUUAUCGUGGUGACCGUUAUGCCAGGCAUGUCCGGUCGCCCGGGUCAUGCAUCUUCCUCUUUCGUCUGGACGGAAUGGAAGGCUGAUAUUGGAUACCCGGACGGAUUCGUUUUUGUCGCCGGCAUGCUCAACGGCGCCUUUUCUGUUGGCACACCCGACACGACCAGUCAUCUUGCCGAAGAAAUCCCCAAUCCACAACGAAACGUGCCGAUUGCCAUCUUCUGCCAGAUGAGCAUUGGUUUCAUCACUGGACUCGCCUACCUCAUCGCCAUUCUCUACGCCAUCCAUGACUACGACGCUCUCUUCUCAUCGCCUUAUCCCAUUGCCGAGAUCUACCGCCAGGCCACGGGAUCUGCAGACGGCGCGAUUGGGUUGCUGACGUUGGUCCUCAUCUGCAUCGGAAUCUGCAUCUGUGGCCUCUACAUCACAUGCGGCCGCACUCUUUGGUCACUAGCCCGAGACGGGGCGACACCUUGUCCCAGAGUGUUUGGCCGGGUCUCCCCCAAGCUCGGGAUGCCUUUCAACGCCACGAUCAUUAUUGCGGUGCUGGUCACAGUCCUCGGCGCCAUUUACGUCGGAUCCACCACGGCAUUCAAUGCUUUCGUGGGGUCCUUUGUACUCAUGUCGAGCUCCUCCUACGUCGCCGCCAUCCUACCUCACCUUCUGACCGGCCGGCGCAGCAUCGAGGUGUACGGCCCGUUCAGACUCAAAGGUGCUCUGGGCUUCAUCUUCAACGCGAUCUCUUGUGCCUACCUAAUUGUCUGGUUCGUUAUUUACUGCUUCCCUUUUGCGCUCCCUACAAAUGCGCAGAGCAUGAACUACGCUUGCUUGAUCUGGGGCGGGUUCACGAUCUUCAUCGCCGCGUGGUGGUUCUUCGGAGCGCGUCGGGACUAUCAAGGUCCGCCUGUCAUCACGAACGGCGGCCACGUUAUUUCGGUUGAUCCUUUGGAAAAGGUGGAUUUCGCGGCGCAAAAUGCAAGCUUGAAGGGAGUGUAA